UUUCACCAAGCUACGCACACGCACUUUACCUGCAUCAACCGUCACCAACAAAAGCUUUGGUCUUUCAAAGUGAGAGAGAGAGAGAGAGAGAGAGAUGGGUGACCUUAACAACAACAAUGACAACAAAAGGAUAGAGUGCAAGGUGGUGGUGACCUAACUAAACCACAGGACCAGUGGUUUUAGAACAAUGGUGAAGCUCUCUCUCUCUAAAACCCAACCCUAUAGGUCCAAUCACGUUACACCACCUGGCUAAUAAUAUCCUACUUUCGUUUCAAUUUUACACGCUCUCCUACCCUCUCUCUCUGAGGCUCUCAGCUUUUCCUUGAUGGUGAUCUAGGGUUUUGAGCUUUUUUGGUCGUGACCCACAAAGGUAUUUUCUUUGUGUAAUUAUCUAGGCUUAUUACCCUUUUGGGAAAUUACAGUGGCACUAGGCUUGUGCUUGCCUCGUUUGCCAACAUGGAAGGUUUUGGAAGUUUUGGGUUAAGUGAUAAAAGCAGUGCUGUGAGGAAGAAGAGGAGUAAUACAUCCCGUCGUCCACGGAAUGAUUCACUGUUGCCUUCAGAUUACCAUGAUGUUUCACCCUUAUCAUCUACACCACCCUCAGAUAAUGUGAGCAAAGUAUCAAGCGAUGAGAAUAAUGAAUAUGGUUCAGUUUCUCGAAAGAAAGAGCUCAAUUUGAACCAAUGCACCGCUAGGGCUUUAUCUGUUAACAUUGGUGAAGCAGAAUCUGGCCAGAAUAUGAUCAAGAAUGAAGAUGGAGGAUUUGGAGAAUCUGAUGAAGCUUCCAAUAAUGGUUCUUUCCGAGGAAGUAAUGAGCACAUUCAUAGUGGAGUUGAAUCCAAAAGACACAGUGAAGGUGUCCUUGCACCAGCUGAUUGGAAAGGCACAAGCAAGGUGGGGCAUUUUGGAGUUGUUUCAGAUUGCUUAGAAAAUGAGAACAAAGUGAAAAAGGUUAAGCUUAAAGUUAAUGGUGUCACGCGUACAAUUCAUGCCAAGUCAAUAUCAGAUGGGGCAUCUGGUGUUGGGUCUUCUGCUACAAAAGCUUCUCGCGUUUCUGAUGCUGCUCGGCUGCAACAGAAGUUGAUUGGUCAGGACAUUUCAGAUGACAAAUGUUCCUUUACUUCAGAGAAGGGAAGUGGCUUACGAGGGCUUCCAUGGAAGGAUUUCUCCAAAUAUGGUUUAAAUGUGGGAAAAGCGGAUUCUUCAAGGAGUAGGAUGCCUGAAGAAAAUAUUUCCACAAACCAAGUUGAUAAGUAUGAGCCUACUCGCAAGAGCAAACGGAUCUCUAAGAGACGUGUGUUAGAUGAAGAUGAUGACGAUGAGAUUAAAUACCUUGAAAAGCUCAGAACACCCAAGGCUACUGUUGAUUAUGGUGUGGAGUAUGAAGAUGAUGAGGAAGGAGGGAGCAGGAAACAACGGAAGAUAUCAAGGGUGUUGAAGAGUAAUGUUGAUGGAAGAUAUGAUGUUAAUGUGAAAGAUCACCUCUCGUCAAGAUCAGGCAGGGAUGGUAAAAAGUCUCGAUCAGGGAGAGUAUUUGAAGAUACUGAUUAUGUGGAAGAUGAAGAUCCAAUCUCAGAUGGUGAGAUCAAUACUAAUAAGAAGAAACCAAAAAAGGAGAUUGUUGAUUUAUCGGGAGAUAAUAAGAAGGAAAUGACAGUCACUACACGUCAGCGGGCCCUUCAAACUGGCAAAGAUGUCUCUUCUAGCUUCGGUGCAAGUCUAAUUGAGUUCCCAAAUGGCUUGCCUCCUGCUCCACCUAGGAAGCAAAAAGAGAAACUUUCUGAAGUGGAGCAGCAGUUGAAGAGGGCUGAGGCUCUUCAGAGGCGUAGGAUGCAAGUGGAAAAGGCGGCAAGGGAAUCCGAGGCCGAGGCUAUCAGAAAAAUCCUGGGCCAAGAUUCAAGUAGGAAGAAGCGAGAAGAUAAGAUGAAGAAACGGCAAGAAGAAUUGGCACAGGAGAAGGCUGCCAAUUAUAUGGUACUUGCAUCAGACUCUGUUAGAUGGGUCAUAGGUCCCUCAGGAACAGUUGUUACAUUUCCCAAUGAAAUAGGCUUGCCAACUAUUUUUUCCAAGCCCUGCAGUUACCCUCCUCCUCGUGAGAAAUGCUCCAGGCCAUCUUGUAUGAAUCCAUACAAGUACCGAGAUUCCAAGUCAAAGCUCCCCUUGUGCAGUCUUGAAUGCUACAAGGCAAUAAAUGAAAAGAUGCAGCAUAUUAAUCAGGUUGACUUAGCUAUAUAGCCUUGAUGUAUGUAGGUAGUCCUGUACUGUGACCUUUAUUUUGUAUAGAUAAUGUCAAAUCUCUAUUCUGGGAGCUGUUUUGAUUACUCCAAUAACAGCAGCUCAAAUAUCUGUACAGAAAUUAUAUUUGCUUGAAUUUUUCCCCCAGUAUGAUAUUGGAUAAUUGUUUUUGUUCUUCAUGAAAUAAGGCUGUUCAAAUCAA